AUGACAGUCACAGAAUCCCUCAAGGAUGCCGCGCAUAGCGUGCAAGAUGCCGCCGGCGUUCCUCAUGGCAGCGCGCCCACCAGACGUACAAGCACUCCCGCGAUUCCGAUCCCAAUGGCGCAUUCGGCAUAGCAACACCCCAGGGCGAAAGACAUAUGCUGACGGACAUGAACAGAAGCCACUCGCGAAGAGAUGUCGGCGAACAAAGUUCCUCUCCCCUACCGCGACUCUUGCGCCCACCUCCUUAUCCCACUAAACAAAUGCCGAUUCGAUAACUUCUACCUGCCUUGGAGGUGCAUGGUAUGCUACAACAGAUUGGGGAAGCGAGAGAUGUCAGGAGAUUAACGUGACGCAGGACGAGCGACAUUCAUACGAGAAAUGCCAAUACGAGGAGUUCAAGCUGCGGGUGAAGAAGAUGGACGAGAUCAGGGAGGCUAAGGGCGGGGCACGGAGUAACUGA